UCCGAACCAGCCCCCAGCCCGCCGGGGAGACCCCGCCAGCCCAUCCCCACUGCAAUGUCAAAGGGCUUGAAAAAGAAAAGCCACUGGACGAGCAGAGUCCACGAGAUUGUCCUAGGCAGGAACCAAGAGGGGCAGCUGGGCUUUGAGCUGAAAGGGGGAGCGGAGAACGGGCAGUUCCCGUACCUGGGGGAGGUGAAGCCCGGCAAGGUGGCCUAUGAGAGCGGCAGCAAGUUGGUGCCGGAGGAGCUGCUGCUGGAGGUGAACGAGACCCCCGUGGCCGGGCUCACCAUCAGGGAUGUGCUGGCCGUGAUCAAGCACUGCAAGGACCCCAUCCGGCUCAAGUGUGUCAAGCAAGGAGGCAUCGUUGAUAAGGACCUUCGUCACUACCUCAAUUUACGGUUCCAGAAAGGUUCGGUGGACCACGAGCUCCAGCAGAUCAUACGUGACAAUCUCUACCUCCGCACAGUGCCAUGCACCACAAGGCCACAUAAGGAGGGGGAGGUCCCGGGCGUGGACUAUAUUUUCAUCACUGUUGAAGAUUUUAUGGAACUGGAGAAAAGUGGUGCUCUCUUAGAAAGUGGAACAUAUGAAGACAACUACUACGGCACUCCAAAGCCUCCAGCAGAACCAGCUCCAUUAUUGUUAAAUGUGACAGACCAGAUCCUUCCAGGUGCCACACCUAGCGCUGAAGGCAAACGUAAGAGGAAUAAAUCAGUGAGCAAUAUGGAGAGGACUGGUAUUGAACCACCAGAAGAGGAAGAGGAAGAAAGACCUGUGGUCAAUGGAAAUGGCAUGGCAGUAACACCAGAAUCAAGUGAACAUGAAGAGAAGAGUACAGGUGCCUCAGGUGAGAUUUCUUCCCAGCUUUAUCCUGCACCAGUAUACAGUCAGCCUGAAGAAGCAAAGGAGAAUAUGGAUGUAACAAAGCAAACAAAACCUGAAGAGAAUGAUGAAUUGGGCCCAUUGCCUGAUAAUUGGGAAAUGGCUUAUACAGAAAAAGGGGAAGUCUACUUUAUUGACCAUAACACAAAGACAACAUCAUGGCUGGAUCCACGACUUGCGAAAAAGGCUAAACCUCCUGAAGAGUGCAAAGAAAAUGAGCUUCCAUAUGGCUGGGAGAAGAUUGAUGAUCCCAUUUAUGGCACUUAUUAUGUUGACCACAUAAAUAGAAGAACACAAUUUGAAAAUCCUGUCCUUGAAGCAAAAAGGAAGCUACAGCAGCAUAACAUGCCCAACGCAGAACUUGGAACAAAGCCUAUGCAGGCCCAAGCUUUCCGAGAAAAACCACUCUUCACCCGUGAUGCAUCACAACUGAAGGGAAUUUUUCUCAGCACAACUCUCAAGAAGAGCAACAUGGGCUUUGGAUUUACCAUCAUUGGUGGGGAUGAGCCAGAUGAGUUUCUACAAGUGAAGAGUGUAAUUCCUGAUGGGCCUGCAGCACAGGAUGGCAAAAUGGAAACAGGUGAUGUCAUUGUCUAUAUUAAUGAAGUUUGUGUCCUUGGGCAUACUCACGCAGAUGUAGUCAAACUCUUCCAGUCAGUUCCUAUUGGUCAGAGUGUCAACCUGGUGCUAUGUCGUGGAUACCCUUUGCCCUUUGAUCCUGAAGAUCCUGCCAACAGCAUGGUGCCACCACUUGCAGUAAUGGAGAGGCCUCCGGUAGUAGUAAAUGGAAGACAUAACUAUGAAACUUAUUUGGAAUACAUUUCUAGGACCUCUCAAUCUGUUCCAGACAUAACAGAUCGACCGCCACAUCCCUUGCACUCCAUUCCAGCAGAUAGUCAGCUUGAUAGCACAUUCCCUCCACCUGUUCAUGAUGAUAAUGUAUCAAUGGCUUCCUCUGGGGCCACCCAAGCUGAACUCAUGACCUUAACCAUUGUGAAAGGGACCCAGGGCUUUGGCUUCACUAUAGCAGACAGUCCUACAGGACAGAGAGUGAAGCAAAUUCUAGACAUUCAGGGAUGUCCUGGUUUGUGUGAAGGUGACCUCAUUGUUGAGAUCAACCAGCAGAAUGUACAGAACCUGAGCCAUGCAGAAGUAGUGGAUAUACUUAAAGAAUGUCCUGUUGGAAGUGAAACUUCUUUGAUUAUCCAUAGAGGAGGUUUCUUUUCUCCAUGGAAAACUCCAAAGCCUAUGAUGGAGCGAUGGGAGAAUCAAGGCAGCCCUCAGACCAGUUUAUCUGCUCCAGUUAUACCACAGAGUAUUCCCUUUCCACCCACCCUUCACAGGAGUUCGUUUCCUGAUUCAACAGAGGCCUUUGACCCAAGAAAACCUGACCCAUAUGAGCUAUACGAGAAGUCAAGAGCUAUUUAUGAAAGUAGGCAGCAAGUGCCGCCCAGGACUGGUUUUCGAGUGGAUUCCUCUGGUCCAGAUUACAAGGAGCUUGAUGUUCACCUUCGGAGGAUGGAGUCUGGAUUUGGCUUCAGAAUCCUUGGAGGAGAUGAACCUGGACAGCCUAUUCUGAUUGGAGCAGUAAUUGCAAUGGGCUCGGCAGACAGAGAUGGUCGUCUACAUCCUGGUGAUGAGCUGGUGUAUGUAGAUGGGAUUCCAGUGGCUGGCAAAACCCACCGAUAUGUGAUUGAUCUCAUGCAUAAUGCAGCCCGAAAUGGGCAAGUGAAUCUUACUGUGAGAAGAAAGGUGCUAUCUAUAGGAGACCCUUGCCCAGAAAAUGGCAGAAGCCCAGGUUCAGUGUCUACUCACCACAGUUCUCCUAGAAGUGACUAUGCUGCUUAUGCUAAUAGUAAUCAUGCUGCAUCUAGUAGUAAUGCUACACCACCAGAGGGCUUUCCUUCACACAGCUUACAAACCAGUGAUGUUGUCAUCCACCGCAAAGAGAAUGAAGGGUUUGGCUUUGUUAUCAUCAGCUCCUUAAACAGGCCGGAAUCUGGAUCUACAAUAACUGUACCCCAUAAAAUAGGGAGGAUAAUUGAUGGAAGCCCUGCUGAUCGCUGUACAAAACUGAAAGUCGGAGACCGGAUCUUAGCUGUGAAUGGCCAGUCUAUUAUUAACAUGCCUCAUGCCGAUAUUGUGAAGCUAAUUAAAGAUGCAGGUCUUAGUGUAACACUUCGCAUCAUUCCUCAGGAGGAGCUGAACAGCCCAGCUUCCGCACCAAGCUCAGAGAAACAGAGUCCCAUGGCCCAGCAGCACAGCCCGAUGGCUCAGCAGAGUCCAGUAGCACAGCAGAGCCCUGUAGCACACCACAGUCCCGUAGCACAGCCACCACCUCCUCAACCUCUCCAGUUACAAGGACAUGAAAACAGUUAUAGGUCAGAAGUGAAAGCAAGACAGGAUGUGAAACCUGACAUCCGACAACCUCCAUUUACUGACUACAGACAGCCUUCAGCAGACUAUAGACAGCCUCCAAUAGACUACAGACAUCCUCCUGUCGUGGAUUACCAGCAGCCACCACCUCUGGACUACAGGCAGCCACCUUUAAUAGAUUACAGACAACAUUCUCCUGACACUAGGCAAUAUCCUCUGUCAGAUUACAGGCAGCCCCAGGAUUUCGAUUAUUUCACUGUUGAUAUGGAGAAAGGAGCCAAAGGGUUUGGAUUUAGUAUUCGAGGAGGAAGGGAGUACAAAAUGGAUUUGUAUGUGCUGAGGUUAGCAGAAGAUGGGCCAGCAAUAAGAAAUGGAAGGAUGAGGGUGGGGGAUCAAAUAAUUGAAAUCAAUGGGGAAAGUACAAGGGACAUGACACAUGCCAGAGCAAUAGAGCUAAUCAAGUCUGGUGGCAGGAGAGUGCGGCUCUUGUUAAAGCGCGGAACAGGCCAGGUCCCGGAAUAUGACGAACCAAACUCCUGGAGUUCUCUCUCUGCCACCUCCCCAGGUCUGCCGGAAAUAGCUAUUUCCCUUGAUGACAUAAUCUCACCAUUAUCUUCAUCACAUCUGGCCCCACCCUCUGACCCUUCUCAUCAGAUAAACUCAGAACCAAGAUGGGAUAUCAAGAGGGAACAUGAUGUAAGAAAACCAAAGGAGCUUUCAUCAAAUGGCCACAAAAAGAAAAGAUUAGGAGAGCAAAGAGAAGGGUCAGCAAGUCCUAAAAAGAUAGACAAGUCAAAGCAUGAAGAGGCUUCUAGGAAAGGAUACUCAGAAGGCAAAAAAAAGCCCACUGAUGGUGGCAGGCCCACCUCCGAAAGUAAGGCAAUGGGACAGAGUGCUAUGAUCGAGGCUGGAGCAAGCGAGCAGGCUUAUGUCGGAAUCAAUGAUGAACAUCUUGGGAGAUCCAAGAAGCCAGAAAGCAAGAGAGGUGGAUCUCUCAAUAUGAAAGAAGAUCACAGAUCUGGAAAUAUCACUGAGAAGAAAUCAGCUGCAGCUUCUGAACACGUCAAGCUUGAUUUAGUUGGUGCUACAAAGACGUACAGUAGCAAUAGCUGCAGCUCACAUGGAAGUGAUAUGGACCAGAACAAGAGGGACCCUGAUGGGAAACCCAGUGAGUUCCCCAGGAAGGGACAUCUCCAUUCCAUUAACAAUCGCAGCAUCAACAAUACAGUUCGGAAGGCAACUGUCUCACCAGGCCCAUGGAAAAUUCCAGGCUCGGAUAAGCUGCCCAGUGUACUGAAGUCUGGCACUUCUGCCAUGAGCAGAUAAAUAAGUGAACUGUUGCCCUCUAGCUGUUUCACACUGAUGCAGAACAUAUUUCUUAGCUUCUGUCUCACAUUGAUUUAUUUUAAUUUAUUUUAACUAUCACACAUAUACACAAAAACACUGAGGAAUGGAAACAUUAAUGUGUAAUUCCAUGAUAAUGUGCACAAUGUCUAAUAAAUUCAAGCAGCAUAUAGUCAACAUGGAGAUUUAAAACUGACCCUAAAGUCCCCAGUUCCAUUUUAGGGACUUUGGCAGCUAUGGAAGAAACCAAAACAAUACAAAGGACAAUACAUCAGAGAAGGACAGUGCAGUGUAGCUUUAGUACUUUUAUUCCACUGCAUGAAGGACUUGGAUUUAGUUCAAACUUUAUAUCAAGGAACUGGAACAAGUUAGAGCACUCACAAACUGGAACAUCGCCUUAAAUAAAAUUGCACGAAGCAAGCUGAAACUGAGAGAGGAUAUUUUAACUGAGAUAAGAGGUUGUAAAUACAUUGUUCUCAACAUAUCUAGACAAGGGUGCAAAGGUUUCUUUGAAACUAUACACCUAUGACAUGUUUCCACUGUUAACAAUUUGGAAUAAUCCACAUGAUCCCCAACAGCAUAGUUCACUUCAUGGGUUGAGUUGGAUGAGUUGGGGAAUCUAACGGAUUAGUUGGUGUGAUAGCAUUUCUACUGCCAUUUUGUGAACAAAUCAUAUUUCUGUACAUUGGAAAGGAGUUAGGGUGCAGUUGUAGUUGCAGAUUAUCCUCAAAAGGGAUUUACCACAGGUUCCCCUAAUAUUACAAGGUAGCACAGAAACCUCAAUUGGUCAAGCUCAAAACUGAGAUUUACAGUUACAAGACCCUUAUAAUGAAAGGAUGAUUCUUAAAAGAAGAAAAGCUGCAGGUUCCUUGACGUAAGGCCUUCUUACUCACAGAAAACAAUAACUUUGCUUAUCAACAGUGCUAUAUUAAUUAAAAUAUCUUUACGUUCAAUGCACAUACAAACACAAAAGAGACGUGUUUCCAAGUUAGUUACAGUUCUUAGUUCUUAUAUUUUCAUCAAAAGAAUUUUCUCUUUCUUUUAUUUCCAUAUCGUACUCUGUCUCAAAUUUCAAAUCUCAAGUCUAUCUUCCUGGGGAAGGAUUCCACGUUCCAUGAGUCACAGUUCUAUACCCAGUAGACUUUUAGUUUGGCCAAAAUAGUCUGGUCAAUAAUACACUGGUUGUUUACAAAAUUGUGUGAUGCUGUGUUCAGAAAUACACAGACAUCCAAAUACUAGCAAUCUCUGAUCUGCAUGUGCUCUGCUCGAGGGUCACACUGAGAUCAAACAGGUCAGGAAAUAACCAUAGCUCUCAAAUAUUGAACGAAACUCAUUCUCCCCUUAGACAUGUGGAGCCAUGUUUCUUCCUAGCAAAUUAUUUUAAAAGUCUGAAACAAAGGAUUUUGCAGCUUUUAAACCUUUUUUUAAGAAAAACUCCAUUUAUCAUAUUUUUAAAAGCACAAAUCUAUGUAGCUGUUGACAACAUUUAUUUAAUUAAAAAAAUCUUUACCCCCUGAACUAGAAGCCCAAUAUAAUUUGUCAUUAAUGUAUUGAAUUGGAUUUUGGACAAUGCUUCGGUAGUGUAGAUGCAUGUCCUGGUAUCUUAUUUUCUAUUAUAUAAUGAAACAAAUCAUAAACCCUGAAAAACAAUUGAGAUUAUGCUUGCAUAAACUCUAAUUUGCACAGUUCACAGCUACUCCUUGUGCAGUAAUUGCUUUAUGCGGCUGUAAUCAAUGACCUGUGAAGACAGCACAUCAUCGAAACCCGUUCCAAAUAAUAUUUCUGUGUAGUGUUAGCUGUGAAUUUACCCUGUACAGCUCUAUCUCUAUAAAUAUAAUUCCAUGUAUUAAUAGUCACAGAAAGGCUGUAAGUGAGCAACUAUUUUUAUGAAACGCACCACUAUGGAUAAAUUAACUUUUACAGAAAUCUUGUUUACUGUAUGAUAAUCUAAACCACUGUCAAAUAAAAUAUAUAUAUAUAUAUCCAAAAAUCUU